ACCUAAGCAGAAGGUGAUGAUUUCCACUCUCCGAGUGCUUUAAGAGAUCCUCAGAAAACACAGUGCAACUCUGGGACAGUACUGCCCAAAACAGAAAGCCUGGAGAACCAGCCUGAUGUUCCAGACAAGCAUUCCAAAGUUGGUCCUAACUUGAGCUCUCCAGACCAACUGGCAAGUAUGGUGAGUGGCCCUCAGAAACCUAAAGAGUUGGGCCCUAGAGAAAGAACAUCAUCUUCCUGUAGCUUUGAAGAUCAAAAAGAGUUGCCCCUAGUCCAUGGUGUCCCACAGCACAAUCCACUAACAAAUACUAUUACAAGUGAAAGCCCUGAAAAGCUAAAUCCACCUGCAGCUCCUAGGUUUUUAUCUCCAAAUGUAACCUCUCUUGGUCCAAAUCAGAUCGAUGGAGCCUCAAUUAAUAAAAAUUGUGUUGGUGUCCAGGGCAAAAAGGUCUUUGGUUCUGCUUUUCCUUGCAACACUGCUGCUCGAUUGCAUCAUCCAAGAGCGUUGGAGCACAUUGGACCCAUGGGAACCACAUCCCCCAGCAAGCAGAUUCCACUAAAUAAGAGCUCUGCGUCUGGAGAAGGAGCACCAACUGUCAGGGAAGACGGGCCUUCAAAGCAACAUGCAAACACCCUAGGAGGAAUAAAAAAUGAGAAUGUACUGGCCUGUGGAGGCCCAGCCAAGGGUAAUGUGAAGAACAGGAAGGACGUUGCACACAACCCCGUGGAACUGAUGGAGCAUUUGCAGAGUGUUCCCCUUGUUAUGGAUUUGCCAUUUUUCAAGUUACCAAGGGAACCAGGAAAAGGACUCAAUCAGCCCUUGGAACCUUCUUCCAUCCCCUCUCAGCUCAAUAUCAAACAAGCAUUUUAUGGGAAGCUUUCUAAGCUGCAGCUUCAUUCCACCAGCUUUAAUUAUUCACACAACACAACUCCAGCUUUUCCCAGAAGCCUUGCUGGAAGCGUGAUGCAGCUAAGCCACAAAGCGAACUUUGCUGCAAACCAUAAUACGUCCCUUUCUGUGCAGAUGUUUGCUGAUAGCAGCAGUGUUGAAGAAAUAUCACUGAAAUGUUCCUGCAGCCUUAAAGCCAUGAUUAUGUGUAAAGGAUGUGGGGCAUUUUGUCACGACGACUGUAUAGGACCCUCAAAGCUUUGUGUAUUGUGCCUUGUAGUGAGAUAAUAAAUUAUGGCCAUCGGAAAAAUUGUAUAUUUAGUGUGUGUAUUUUGAUAACUGACCCUAAAACCUGUACACAAAAUAUUAUUCAGUUUAUAAUAGAGACAAUAUUAGUUUUGGUGAGAGAGUUGAUUUGCCUUCCCACUAAAAUUCACCUGUUCUUACUCACAGUUACACUCCCCCAUUUGUGGGUUGUGCCCUACUGGAGUGAUCUUCUGCUUAACACCAUCAUGGAAAUGUUGAUUUGUGCUCUGGGCACACAUGCUGAGGCUACCACCUGACUGAGAGGCAGUUUUGCUCUGGGAAUCCAUGGACCUUUUCUAAAGGAAACAUUUACAUCCAAAGGAACUGGAACAGAGUGCUCUCUGUUUUUAAGGGCUGAGCUCGGUUAGUCCUGGCCAUGCCUUAGCAGAGCAGAAUACAGUCUUCCACUCUCCGUUCCCUGUCUGUGUGGAAAGAGUACUACUGUACGAUAAAUGUGGACAUGAAGCUUCUCUGUAGGUGUUGGCUGUGUAGUACUUUGAAUGCUACAGCAGAAUCAAGUAACCAGUAAAACAUUCAGCAGGUGGCUGAAGAGCCAUAUAUGGGUGAUGGCGCAUUGGAUGGAGCCAGUUAAGGGAAUGAAAGAAGCAAAUGGUAGUGGCUGCCAGCUUCAAUGCCUUCUGCUGGACUGAAGGAAGAUGUGUAGCCUCUGGAACUGUAUGCACCUGACUGAACUGUUGGACCAGGCUGCCUCUUCUGGCCAAACGUUGCUACAAACUUGUAUGAAAAGCCAAGGAAUUCAUUAGUGUGUCCGGUAACCUGCCCAUAUUACAGCCCUACAAUGAGAACCUUGCCAUGCCAGCAUCUAACCACCUGCAAGUGUCUGGCUGUGCAUCUGUGUGUGAUGGUCAUUUUACAUUCUAAACGGUGUUCCCCCCACCACCUUCUUUUUUUUUAUAUAUUUUAACUUUUCAUUCUUGGAUGUAUAAAGUGAAUUAUUUGAUUCUUGUAAGUAUCCUCUAUGCAUCUGUUUGAUCAUGUAUUUAUAUGUUGUACACAGUGCUGGCCAAUUCUGUAAAUGGAUGUAAUGUACAUAGAACAUAAAAGGGUUUUUUUGUUUCUUUAUUUUCAGGCUCUACAGCAGUAUUACAUUAAAGUGGUGUUGGUUAUUAAUCUACAUCUGUAGUCAAAGCCACUGUAUUCUGUGCUACCUAAAGUGAGGCUGAACAUGCAAAGGAGUCACGCUUGGUUCAGAUUGCCUCCCUUUCUGCCUACAUGGCACUGCUGUGGGCAGAUAGACUGCAAUGUGCAAUCUGAAGGAUGACCUGCCCUGAUUUUCUGAGCUGGAUGUAUUUUGCUCCUUGCUCUUCUAAAAAAUAUUUCUAUAGCAGUUGCUGGUCAUUGUCAUAACUGGUGAGUCUCCCAGAGCAGUGUUUAUAGCUGCAGUGCAAAGGUGUGAAAGCCCUUACCUAGCCAGAAUUGAUGUGAGCAGAAAAAUGGACCAACCCUCCUUUGAGCAAUUGCCUCUCGGGACCGGGUUGCUCUAAGUGGGAAGAAGCAAACCUACAGUUUAAUUUACCAGCUCUCUCCCACCCCUGUCCUACGUCCUACCUACCUCUUUCUUGACUAUGCUUUUCUUUUAAUUAUAGACCUCCCUGUUUGAGAGCUGUAGAGAGUGUAAAAUCUGUGGGCUGCAGAAAGCUUCAUCUCUGAAAUGGUUUACCCCUAACCCAUAUGGCAUCUUGAUAUUGUGAAAUGGGAGCGGGAGAGACGGGGGUGAAUUGAAAUGCAGUAUUAGUGAAGUCUUGAGGGGAUGGUGUGAAAACCUGCCUACCAAAGAUAGGGAGCAGAGCUGGGGCAGUCUGGCUCUGUAUCCUUUGGAGCCACUGUAGGGUACAAUUGAAGCUGGUCUGGUCUGCAGAGCUCUCCAGCAGGGCCCUGCUCUUGUAUGUCCCUUGUGGUAUUGGAAAAAUAAACAUUCUGUAAACCUG